GACGCUGUUACCUAGCAACCGCCUUCCGCCUCCAUCUUUUGCCCCGCCUCCUGCUUGUUCCAAUACCUGGUUUCACAGACUUCCAGGCCCUGGCCGAGGGCGAUAUCGGUGCUAGAUCCCAGCCGCUGGGUUCUCAGGCACCAUCAAAGGCUGAAUGUAUUAUUCCGUUUAUUCCUUAGCAGUUUUGUAAAAGUAGAGGAAAAAGAAUACACUAUGUCUGAUGAAAUCUUCAGCACGACUUUGGCGUAUACUAAGAGUCCAAAAGCUACCAAGAGAACUUCUUUUCAGGAUGAGCUGAUCAGAGCAAUCACAGCCCGGUCAGCCAGGCAGAGAAGUUCCGAAUACUCGGAUGACUUCGACAGUGAUGAGAUUGUUUCUUUAGGUGAAUUUUCAGAUACCUCAACAGAUGAAAGUCUACUUAGAAAAAAGGUAAAUGAUUUUCAUAUAUCUGAUGAUGAAGAAAAGAGUUCUCCAAGACUAUCUUUUUUGAAAACCAAGAAAGUCAACAGUGACAUAGCCAAAGAUGGGCAGGAAUCUGUCUCCCAGGACAGUGAAGACAUGUCACCUCAUGUUCAUGAGGAUAGGACUGGAAACUCCUUUUCCAAAUCCCAAAAGGAUGAUCAAGAAGUUGGAAAAGAGAUCAUCACAAUAAAGCCAAAGCCCAGAGUUCUUCCUAUCAAAAGAAGUACAUCUUCAGGGGAAAACAGCAGCAGUCAUGAAGUAGAUGACCACUUUAAGCCUUCACCUCGACCCAGGAGCAUAAAAAAGAGCAGCCCCAUGGAGGAGGGCGACAGGCCAGAUGACAAAGAACAGUCCCCAAGUGAAGACUCUGCCACCACACCUUCCCUUCCGAGGCAGAAUGGCACAGAAUUGGAAACUGAGGAAAAAGUACACCCCGAAAACCUUGAUCUUGAGGAGUUGCUCUUACAAAGUCUGACCUCAUCAUCCCUCAAAGAAAGCCCUGCAAAUUGCACCUCACCAGGAUCUCAGGAACAGACAUCCUUAAAAGAUCAUGAUGGAGAACCUACUGAAAUCUGGAAUUCCUUGAUAUCAAAUGAAAAUGAAGAAAAUUCAGUUUUGGUAAACUGUGUUACUCCUGAACUUGAGCAGCCCAAGACAGGUCAGGUGGCUGCUGAUGGCAUUGAAGAAGAUAAAGAGAAGGCUGGAUUUACAGAUGACGACUUCACCACUGACCCACUGCUCUCCACGUCCCCAAGUGUUAUAACACCCACCGAGACAGCGGAGCCUACCAAGAAAACAAAUGAGGACCGAAACAUGAAGAACAAAAAGCCAACGAAUACUAGAGUGUCCAGUGCCUCUGGCAGGCUGAUGACCUCUGAGUUUUUAAAGAAAUCUGGUCCCACAAGGAGAAGUCCAUCUGCAGCUACCUCUUCUCACUAUUUAGGGACUUUGAAAGUCUUGGACCAGAAGCCAUCACGGAAGCAGAGCAUUGAGCCAGACAAAGCUGAUCACAUAAGGGCAGCUGUUUAUCAGGAGUGGUUAGAAAAGAAAAAUGAGUAUUUACAUGAAAUGCACAGAAUAAAAAGAAUUGAAAGUGAAAACUUAAGGAUUCAAAAUGAACAGAAAAAAGCAGCUAAGAGAGAAGAAGCAUUAGCAUCAUUUGAAGCCUGGAAGGCUAUGAAAGAAAGGGAAGCAAAGAAAAUAGCCGCAAAGAAGAGGCUGGAGGAAAAAAACAAGAGGAAAACGGAAGAGGAAAACGCCGUGAGAAAGGGCGAGGCCCUGCAAGCAUUUGAAAAAUGGAAAGAGAAAAAGCUGGAAUACCUAAAAGAGAAGACGAGGAAGGAGAAGGAAUAUGAGAGAGCAAAGAAACAGAAAGAGGAAGCAACGGUUGCCGAGAAAAAGAAAGACAGUUUGACUGCCUUUGAAAAAUGGAGUGAAAAGAAGGACGCCCUUCUCAAGCAAAAGGAAAAGGAGAAAAUAAACGAGAGAAGAAAGGAGGAGCUAAAGAGAGCGGAGAAGAAAGACAAAGACAAGCAAGCCAUCAGUGAAUACGAAAAGUGGCUGGAAAAGAAAGAAAGGCAGGAAAGAAUUGAACGGAAACAAAAGAAGCGUCAUUCCUACCUGGAAAAUGAGACACACCCUCCGUGGAGCCCUCCAAGCAGAACUGUGUCCUCUAAAGUAUUUUGAUGAUUUAGGCUCUUGAUUUUCACCAACUUUACCCAUGGAUUUUAGAGCAUUCAUCUCAUUAUUUGUGGUAAGAAGAAUCUGUUUUAAUUACCUGCAGGAACUUCUGCUGAGCAUGAAAGAGAUACUUGGCAGUUUAAUCAGCGGAAGCAAUUUUCUGAAAUGUAGAUAAACUGCCUCAGACAAGGAACCAAUCAGAUUGCUGGGACAAUCCAGAUGCAUGAAGCUUUAUCAUGUCCUCACCGUUCCUAAAGUGGGGUGGUCUGUGGUCACUGACACUGAGUUCUGUGUCUUUUAAAGCAUGUUUAAUCCCACUGAUCGAAGGAUGGAUGCCAUCUAGAUACCACAGUCACAGGAAUGAUUCAGUCUGUGGAAGCUUGCGCUUCUCCAUUAGUGUUAGGUGAUGAACGGUCCCUGGGGAGGAUGGACACAUUCUUUCUUCUAACCUGGUCUUCGGCUCAGAACAGCAUCUUUGCUGUGCAAGUUAGAAUCGCAGUCAGCCGAGGCUGCAGAGCUCUAGGCAGCAAGUCACUUUAUGAACUUUUCCUUAUGGUUUCAUCUCAGUGAGCAUUGCCUGUGUGAAGCUUACCUGACAAUCAUAGCCACUUCUAGAACGGGCGGGCUCGCUGCUGACAUUUUUCUUUCUAAAUUAGAUCUCAACUUGCUUGUUAUUUGGUUAACACCCAAAGUCAUCAAUUUGAUGGCAGUGGUGUCUUAUAAAGUAGUUGGGACAAUUUCAUAGGGGUUCAGGGUCAUUAUAAAAUUUCUUUCUGGGCUAAAAUUAUAAAGAUACAUGAAGACAUUUCCCACCUUCUUCACUAAUCUUAGAGUAUUUCAACUUGCAUUUAGAAGCAGUUAAAUUAGAAAGUAAGUUUGUAAAAAUAUUCAAGAACUUAUUUAUUUAUUUAUUUAUCUACUUGACCUCUGCUUCUCCCUGUAUCCCUGGUCUGGUACAUGACUGGUCAGCCCUUAAAACAGACCAGUUGUUGUAAUGCUGCAACAGUGAAUGCAGAGACAAUCAAUGGAGAACAGUUUUGACUGUUCAUAAGCUCUUACAUCAUCUCUGCUGUGUCUUCACAAAUGUCAUUUGUCAACUUUGUAACAGCUGUUCACAGUUGGUGGUAUUAGCUUUAUCAAGGCUUAGAAAGUUCAAAAUGAACUUGCCAUGCAGCUAACAUGAGUGGUGGGACCAAAACCCAAUGUCAUCCUCUUCCUUGAGACCUGUGUGACCUCAGAGACUGUGACUGACUCCUGUGUUAGUCAGCCUUGCAAGUGCUUGUCACUUCCAGGGUAUAAAUUUUGCACUGCUGGUGAGACAUGCUCCCUUCCUAGUGCCUCCAGAUGCCAGCCCUCCUUACGUGUGUAAAAUGAAGUGGGGGUUCAUGGGAUUUCAGAUGUUCAUCAAACGUGGUGUCAACAAAGCUAGAAACUUGUGUGAGACCCAACUGUGGGAUGUGCAGAAAACAGGAAGUCACGAGCUACUUUGUAGCAUUACAGAGCACAUCAAAUCCCAUGAAAGGCGUGCACAGAUGAAGCUAGAAGUCUUUGAUACUGCCAGAAGUGGUCACCGCAAGAUUAUCAACCAUGUGCUGUCGGAAUGGGAUUCAGGACUCCAGUUUGUGUGUUUUCCCGGAAACAACCACGCCUGCCACACUACGCUGAUAACAGCUUCUUGCAUUGAAGUAAACAGGUAGUGAUAAAAAGGGGUUUGCACAUUGUAAGGAAUGAAAAGGAGGCUCUGACAAAGGUGUACCUCUUCCAUGGUCACUUUGUACAGUGCUGUAUUUACUCUUUUGUUAGCUCAUAAAUCAUGAGAAAUGGAUGUCAUGACUAAUGUGAAGAGUUUGGAACAUAAGGACUCAGUAAAUAGUCAGUGUCCUAUUUAUUUGCCACGCCCCCACUUCAUGGACAUGAGAUCAAUGUGGGCUGAGCAGUAGUUAUCUGACAUACUUUAACAUACUGAAGAACUCGGUCUUCUGGUCCAUCUUUAAUGUUCCCGUCACAGUCAAGUGUUACCAGGAGCAGGACCGUCUGAGAGACCUCUCAAUACUGUUUUUUAAGAUUGUUUCUGAAGAGAAUUUGGUGACAAGUGAAGAUGUGCCCAAUGGCCCAAAAUGUCAUCCCCUCAUGUGAUUUGGGAUGAGUAUGGUUAUAGAAUAAAUAAUAGGCUUUUCCCAACUUACAACAACCUGUAUUUGGUCUGUAUGGAAUUUAUCUAGUUAAACAUAGUUACCCCUUUUCCUGUAGUAACAAUAAAGCAGAACUUUGGACAGUGAACAUCCAAUUCUGUAAUAUGGCAAUCUGAGUUCCAGAGGGCAGACUCAAACCUGGUACGAUUAUCUUAAUGUAUUGCCUAUUUAAGAAAUAAGACUUUCCCCCUGUUUCUUUAAAAAGUACCAAAUAUUGAUAUAGAUUAAUUUAUUAUAAUAAAAAAUAAAACUUUUACAUGAAAGUCAGUUUCAUAUAACAGCAAAAAGAUAUCACACGUAUCAAAAGGAAUAGUACAAUUUUUUUUUCAUUUAGAAACAAUCUUAUUUUACAUAUUAUCCCUCCUGCCCCAUUCCCUCUUCCUCCCAUUUUCCCAUGCCCCCCACCGACCCUCCAACCCACCCUCCACACACUCCACCAGGAAAGUGAGGCCUUCCAUGGGGGAUCAUCAAGUCUGUCACAUCAUUUGGGGGAGGGCCUAGGCCCUCCUCCAUGUAUCUGGGCUGAAAUAGUAUCCCUCCAUAGGGAAUGGGCUGCACAAAGUCCAUUUGUGCACUAGGGAUAAAUACUGAUUCUACUGUUAGAGGUCCCAUAGACUGCCCAGGCUUCCUAACUGGCACCCACAUUCUGAGGGCUUGGUUCUGUCCAAUAAUAUGAUAUUUUCAAUGUGGAAGAGUUACUCUUUCCUUAAGGAAAUAGAGUAAGAACAACUCGGGGUAAUGGUAUUCCGGUAGCCUAUGUGUGUGUGUGCAUGACUCUUGAAGGUGUCGGUUCACUAAUUGUUUUAGGUUAUAGGAUAGCCAAAGAGGAACCUUGUAGGAGCUUGAUAGCCACAGUUAGAUGCUCCUUGGAGUGAUGUAGCUGUUAACCUGGACAAGAUUCUAUUUCUAAGUUGCAUAAUCUAAUGUCCAACAUUUUUUCCAACCUCAGAUGCCUAGUGUUAUCAUUCAAGUUGACAGCCCUUUGCCCAUCGUUCCCCAAUUGUAGUCAUCUGCUAAGAUGCUUACACAAACUUUGGUGAACCGUGGUUGUUGCUCCUGUAGCUGACUGUUGCUCUCUCCUGUUUCCCUUUUCUCCCCAGAUUUCUAGGAGAACAGCCAUUUGGGUGCUCACUGCUGUUUAAAUAUGAGAUAAUAGUGGUACUUGUUAGAUCCUAAGUCAUGGCCUAAGACAUAAUAGAAAAGGGAGGUUUCACAAAAUAGGGGAAAGUGCAUGCUAGUCCUUCUCAAAAGUAAGAUAGUACAGAAAGCAAAUUUGCCUAAUUUAAUCAUGAUUCUUAGUUCAGUUGUGCUGUACUAAAAGGCAUUUAAAAACCCAUAUGUGUCCAUUCUACAAAAGGCAAAUACAUUAUUGAUUUCCCUUAUCCCUAGUUACACUGACUGAUAGAAUAAUGAAAUACUAUGGGGGGCUGAACUGGCGGGUUUUCCAAGCCCUUUUAUUUUAAAAUGUCAUGUUAUACUGCUAGUUUGAAAUGUUGUGCUAUAUAGAGUGGUAACUGUGUAAGGGUAACCAGAGUAUGUGACAUUCUUGGUGCUGAAAUUAGGUUGUCUUUGGGAUUAUUGAGGGAUAUAUAGUUAAUGCCUGCUCCUUAGUAAUACACUUUUGUUUCAUACUUAAUUUAUUAAAGUUAGCAACGAAUGACUGAUUUUAUUGAGUGUUAUAAUUUAUUGGCUGUAUGCCAAGUGUUAAUAAAUGUGAGCUAAAGAGAAAACAUGUCAUGUUGGUAUAUCUUUUAAAGGAAUUGAAUGGUGGACAGGAAGUGAUUUUCAAUGUAAGACGUGGAUAUGAACUGAUUUUACUGUACAGAUGCAAAUGUGUCAUAAUUAGUAAGUGGUUAGGAAAUGAAGAUUAGUGAGGGUAACAUGUUCCAUCUCUGUGAUAACUGCAGUUGACCCGAUAUGUCCACUCACCUGUCUUUUUUUUUUUGAGUAUUCUGUCACUGAAUGUAAGAGGGUGAAGGAGGGAGCUCCUCCUCCUCUGCUUCUCGAGGUCUCUGUCUCUCGCCUCUCCCUCUGAGUCUGUGUUAUCUAAGUGUAUAUACAUAUGUAUGUGUGUUUAUAAUGUGUAUUUCAUCUUUGAAAUAAAAAUAAGAUCAAGCCA